UUGGAGUCCUCUUGAAAAGGGGAACCCAGAGGUAAAACUGACACAAUUCAGUAAUCACUCAAGAAAUCCAUACUUUGACAGAAGAGGAAGCUACUAUACAAUCAAAAAAAUGAGCAAGCAUACCAACUUUAGACACUACAAGAUGGGUGGUCAUGACGCAGAAUGGCUGAAGAACUUCUGGGAAAAAGUCAUCCAAGAGCAAACUAAGCAACGAGAAGAUGAAGAGUCUAGGUUAAGUAAAAGCGCCCUGAACAAACUCCGCUACGAAUGGACUCUGCGGCUGGAAGGCCGAGCAAGGCAGGUCCAGGCACACGCAAAAACGCAGAAAGAACAGAUGACGCUGCUGUCCAUCGAGACUCUUCCCUCGCCAGAUAAAACUGUUGCUUAAAGUUACUGGGAAAACACAGAAAUCUUUGGGCCUGACUCUGACCUUCUGCAUGCACGUAUAAACCAGCAGUUACACUGCUGAACAAGCAAAAGAUCAGAAUCUGGCCCUUUUCCAGAUUACUUACUAGAGCUACUAAUAAAGUCCUACUGAAAUUUAGUGCAAGAAUAAGGUCACAGUAGGUAAUCUCAAAAAAAAAAUAUGCAAAGGGAUAGUUGAGAAGCAGACACCUUUAAUUCUCCAUGAUAUAUUAUUAUUGCGAUGCAGCAGGACUUUCUUAUGUAACUCUGCAUUUCCCAGUGACAACAACAUAUUUCUAGGAAAGAGGAUGGCUUGAUUAAUAGGAAUAAUACAUUCAAACAGCUGCAUGCAAAAUUGCACAUUUCCAUUUACAGAGCUCCAUUUACAGGGCUUAAUGCAGAUACAAGCUGUUCUGCCUGUCUUGAUGAGCCACAGUGAAGGGAGUUAAGGAUUAGUCUGAUCAGCUGGACAGAAGGAGAAAUAUAUUCUUUAAUGGAAUCAGGAAAAAAAAGAAUGAGCUUUUCUGAUCAACAUAUAAGAAAAUUUACAGAUAUUAAUCAUUAAAUUAACAGAGGAAAGGAUUUUGACUUUCAUGGGGUAGGUAAGAAAAAGACUACUGAGGUUAUUAUGAACCAGUCUGAGAAAUGUCAGAGCAAGUGAGUAUGAAGGACAGUUUGAAAUAGAAGGCAGCAAAUCAGUUCAUCAUAACAGCACAGGAAUGCUUCGCAAGGUAUCACGUGCCAUACCUGGUGUGCACUAAUCCAAACACUUGUUGCAUUUCAUCUUCUUCUAGGUCAGGUGAAGGGAGGAAUAACUAAAUGCAGGGUAUUAAUAGUGUGUUCUGCUUACCUAUAUGUCUGUGUAUCUAAAUAUGUUUUGGAUGAAAACAUUUACUUGUUAUCUCUUCAAUUAAUUUCUUUGAUAUGCAAGAGAAAAGUCAUAAGUCUAAACAACUAUUUUUCUCUAACAAUAUUGAGCCAGAUGGAAUGUUACUUUGCAUCUUUGUUUACACUGAAGAAGUGGAUAGGAAUACAUUUGAUAAAUUUCAAAAUAAACCAAAAAUUAAACCAUUUUGACCUCACAGAAAUGCUUUUUUUUAUCCUUUUAAAACAGCAUUUCAUUUAAAAAACCACAGUUUUACAGAAUGUUCACACUGUUACAUAGUGACAUUCUCCCACAUUAAAAAACAUGCUAUCACAAAAAUGUUGCUAUUCCACAAAGGAUUAAAACAAUUAAAAACUUAUAAAUUGUUCUUUGGUUAUUCAAAACUGAAGGGAAUGUAGAAUCAGUCUCUUUUCAUAUAACCCAACCCAAAAAGCAAUUGUUUCUUCCAGUGUUUUUUUUCUAUUCGAAAAGCAAUGCUGAAAAAUAAUAAAGUUGUAGUUGCUUUUGC